AUGUCUUCUGGGCCCUCUCAAGACGUGGACCACCAAUGCAUUGGUGGACGACGUGUUUUGAACUGUCAAAUGUGUGCUGGUCAUCCUCCAAGAAUGAAUAUCUGUCGCCAUUGCAAGGGUGCCGGUUUCCGUACCCUGCCUUGCAACUACUGCUAUCCCGCCACAACCACGGCGCGUGAUCCAUAUGCGUCAUCGUCAUCGUCCUCAUCCAUGAAUAAUACGCCCGGCUCCUCUGUAAGAUUGCGCGCGAUGAGCAAAGGGUCUUACAAGAAGGAGUAA